AUGGAUUCAAGGAUUCCAUAUAGCCAGUCUUCUGGCUAUGUGGGGCUUCUUCACAGUCAACACGAAAGUGUUCUUCCUGAAAACUCUGGUUAUGAGAGUUUUUAUUCUGGAUCUUCAGAAAUCCCUCAGUUUAGUUCACAACAAUGUGAGGCUCCAAUUCCACCUACAGACAGAACCGUGGAGCGUGGGAAGAGACAUAAAUGGACCCCAGCCGAUGACGAGGUCCUAAUCAGUGCGUGGCUAAACACAUCCAAGGAUUGUAUAGUCGGCAAUGACCAAAAGUCAGGGACCUUCUGGGCACGAGUAGGAGAAUAUUUCUACGGAGCUGCAAAUGGUGAAAAGAGGGCGCAUCUCGGUUAUAAGCAGAGGUGGCACAAGAUUAAUGACCUAGUUAACAAGUUUUGUGGGUCGUUUGCGGCUGCAGAGAGAAAAAUGAGUAGUGGUCAGAAUGACAAUGAUGUUCUCAAGGUGGCGCAUGAUAUCUACUAUUCCGAUUACAACAGCAAAUUUACACUUGAGCAUGCUUGGUGUGUGAUGAGGUAUGAACAGAAAUGGCUUAACCUCAACACUAAACCUUCUGGAAGUUCAAAGAGAAAACCCGAUGAAACUGGAACCCAAGCUUCAACCACGAGUGUUGGUGAUGAGGAGGCCCGUCCUGAAGGUGUGAAGGCUGCAAAGGCUAGAAGGGCUAAUGGUCAAGGGAAGUCUGUUGCUGACUAUGCGCAGCUUUGGGAAUUGAGGAAGGAGGAUUUGGCGGAGAAAAAGAUUCUGACGAAGCUUGCCAUUCUUGACAGUCUCAUUGCCAAAAAGACCAACUCACUGAGGCUGAAGAAGUUGCCAAGCAAAAGCUCCUCGCCGAGUUAA